GGCGCCGGGCGGAGGGGCGGGGCGCCGGCGGGCCUUGCCGUCAGUCGCGGGCGAGCGGCGGCGCCGGGCGAUGCACUCCCUCACCCAGGAGAUCCGCAGCUUCUCCCGGGCCAACCUGCGGAGGCAGCGCACCCGCGUGACGACGCUGACGGGCAAGAGGAUCAUCGAGACGUGGCGCGGCGCCUGCCUGCAGGUGGAGGAGGAGGCGGAGGCGGCGCCCGGCGGCGGCUUCGUGCAGGACCUGAGCGCCGACCUCCAGGUCGGCGUCGUGAAACCCUGGCUGCUGCUGGGGUCGCAGGAUGCUGCUCACGACCUGGAGACGAUGAAAAAGUAUAAGGUUACUCAUGUUCUAAAUGUGGCAUAUGGAGUCCAAAAUGCCUUCCUCGAUGACUUUAUAUACAAGACCAUUUCUAUUCUGGACCUCCCAGAAACUGACAUCACCUCCUAUUUCCCAGAAUGUUUUGAGUUUAUUGAGAAAGCCAAGAUCCAGGAUGGUGUGGUACUGGUCCACUGUAAUGCAGGAGUCUCCCGUGCAGCGGCAGUAGUCACAGGUUUUCUAAUGAAUUCAGAAGGACUGAGUUUUGCUAGAGCCUUUUCCUUGGUGAAAAAUGCAAGGCCCGCGGCUUGUCCAAAUCCUGGCUUUAUGGAGCAGCUUCACAAGUACCAAGAACAGAACAUAAAGGCAAAUGGAAGCAUAAAUGAUCACGACUGAUCAAAAGGGAGAAGUGAAACAAUCUGUUUUGACUAUACAGUAACAGAUGUUGGAUAUACUGUAAUCCGUCAUUUUGCAGUCCCCUUUCACAUGUGCAUCUUAAAGUCUUUACAUACUUUUUUCUUACCCUUCUUUGACCCCCUUUUUUUCAGGCCAAAUGGUAUUCCACUGACUUCAGAGAUGAUUUUGCCCAGGAAGAAGCUCUUCCUAGAAUGCUAAUAAAAACAUAAAAGUUCAAUUUUCCUUAAAAUGCUAGAGAAAAAAACCCAGAACUGGUUGUUGGGGUUUUGUUUUUUUUUUUUUUUGAACCAUCAGAAAAUGCAGGCAAUAGAGAAAGGAAAUAAAAUGAGUUAAGUUGCCCUGUUUAAUACUAAACCACAUUAUGUAUUCCAGUUGGUUUUAAAACCUAGGUAAUAAAAUGUUCAUAUAAUAAAGUACCUUGGUACUGGAUUUUAAAUUCAUAUUGCAACUAAAGAGGAUUUUAUUGAA